AUGCUAGACUGCAGUGGGUCUCGGCCUCUCCUCAUGGAAUCUGAGGAAGAGGAUGAGAGCUGUAAGCCUCCCCAAGGGAAGCUGGGAGGAGUCGUUGCAUCUACUCAGCCAGAAGUUUCUACUAAGCAAACAACGGCAGUGCAAGAUGGGGGAAAAAACCAGUUCCACGCUCUCACACAGUCUGCCACGGAUGGUCCCAGUGAGCCAGAUAUUUUUGCCACUGCACCGUUUAGAAGCUCAAGGGUUCCAAUCAAUGACAUAGACAUUUUCUCCAAAGCCCCAUUUGUUUCUAAGGGCAGUAUGUCUUCUUCCCCACAAGAAGAAGCAGAUGUGUUCUUGAGGGCUCCUUUUACCAAGAAGAAAAGCAUGGAAGAGCUAACAGUUACCCAUGGUGUGUCCCAGGAGUUGCCUGCACAGGCUAGUCUCCUCAGUCAAACACAUGAUGUCCCACAAGGAGUUAGUCCUCUGCUCUCAAGCCUUGAUAGGGCAGUGUACACCUGUGUCCGAGCUCAGUAUUCCAUGGCUGGUUUUGUUCAACAAUCUAACCUCCCAUCCCAUUCUGUACAAGCAGCAGACCAUCUUGACAGCAUCUCUCCUAGAGGAUCUUCUCUGGAAACUGGGGGCCAUCCUAAUGACAGAAACAAAGGACCUCAGCCCCAAAAAGAAGCAGUCUCAAGCUUUGUGACUGGCAAACCAUUCCUCCCUUCAUCAUUAUCCAAGUACUCCCGUCACUAUAGCCCAGAAGACGAGCCAACUGCAGAAGUCCAGCCCAUCACUUCCUACAAAAUUGUCUCUCAACCCAACACGCAGUCAGUAACUGGCUCUGUUUCCAUCACAGCCCUUUCCUCUAGGACUACAGAGUUACCAGCUGCUGAUCCAUUUGCUUUAGCACCCUUCCCUUCAAAAUCAGGCAAGCAGAAACCUUAG